ACAACAAAUCUCAAAUUCCAAAUCGAAUCCCUGCAGCACGCACACACACUCACACACAUACACACUCGCCGGAGGCCGGAACUCCCGCCGGAGGAUCCGACCGGAGAAAACAUUCAGCCGUGGCUCCUCCGUCAGGCCAACCGCAACACAGCAGCAGCAGCAACAACAACAGCAACGUCACUCGAAGACGCACCGGUUCGUCCAAUUCUCCGGCGUCACGUGACUCACGUGCGGCACCGACUCGGAUCAUUUACAGAGAGACGAUCGGUCCGUCAUCGGAAUCGGAUCUAGAUUUACCUUUUUGGCAACGGACCUGGUUCAUUGGAUUAUUACUUGUGAUGGCGGUUUCGUUCUUCGGACUCGCUGUUUUCCUGUUUCUAACCCUAGAUUCGGAGUAUACGUCGACUCCUGUGUAUGCGGCUACUUCUGAAGGUGUUGAGAUUACUUAUGGGUCGGUACUCAAGCUGAUGCAUGAAAAGACAAGAUUUCGACUGCAUUCACACGAUGUGCCAUAUGGAUCAGGCAGUGGUCAGCAAUCUGUUACAGGCUUUCCUAAUGUAGAUGAUGCCAAUAGCUAUUGGAUUGUGAGACCUAUGCCGGAAACAUCAGCAAAACAAGGAGAUAAUAUAAAAGGCGGAAGCAUUAUUCGAUUGCAACACAUGAAAACCAGGAGAUGGCUUCAUAGCCACUUGCAUGCUUCACCAAUAUCAGGCAAUCUAGAGGUGAGUUGCUUUGGAGAUGAUGGGAAUUCAGAUACAGGAGAUUACUGGAGACUUGAAAUUGAGGGAAAAGGAAAAACUUGGAGACAAGAUCAGAGAAUAAGGCUUCUCCAUGUCGACACAAGCGGAUAUCUACACAGCCAUGAUAAGAAAUACAGCCGUAUCGCUGGCGGUCAACAAGAGGUUUGUGGCGUGAGAGAGAAACGUGCGGACAAUGUUUGGUUGGCCGUGGAGGGUGUCUAUCUACCAGUUUCCGAGAGCAAAUGAAUGAAUCGAGAUUUAAUGUAACACAGUAACUUUUCUAGAUCUUGCGGUAGUUUCUAUGUUAUUGGUCACAUAUUAUGUGUAGGUUUUAAUUUUUAUAAGUGAAAUAGAACACUUAAAAGCAUGUCAUACGUAUACCAGAUUUUGGGGCCUUUUGAGACAAUUAUUGCUUCUCGACAA